AUGAACGGCACCGGGACGGCGGGGAACCGGAGCUGCGCCGGCGAGGAGCCCGUCCCGCUGCCCACCUUCUCCACCGCGGCCAAGGUGCGGGUGGCCGUCACGUGCCUCCUCUUCCUCUCCUCGGCUUGCUGCAACGGUGCCGUGCUCUGGGCGGCCGCCCGGGCGCCGCGGCGGCGUCUGCCCCGCGUCCGCGUCCUGAUGGCCAACCUGGCGGCGGCCGAUCUGCUGGUGACGGUGGUGGUGAUGCCGUUGGACGCCGCCUGGAACGUCACCGUGCAGUGGUACGGGGGGGACGCGGCGUGCCGGGCCCUCAUGUUCCUCAAGUUGGCCGCCAUGUACGCCUCGGCCUUCGUCACCGUCGUCAUCGCGUUGGACCGUCACGCCGCCAUCGUCAACCCCUUGGCGGUGGGCUGCGCCGAGAGGAGGAACAAGGCGAUGCUGUGCGCGGCGUGGGCGCUCAGCGCUGUGCUGGCUCUGCCCCAGGCAUUCGUCUUCCGCACGGUGAGCCGGUCGCGGCCCCGCCGCUUCGUGCAGUGCGCGACGGUGGGCAGCUUCGGGGCGCACUGGCAGGAGACGCUCUACAACAUGUUCACCUUCGCCUGCCUCUUCCUCCUGCCCCUGCUCGUCAUGGUGCUCUGCUACGGCCGCAUCCUCGCCGCCAUCUCGGGCAGGACGAGGGACGCCCGCGCCUCCUCCCCGGAGAUCCAGCUCCGUCGCUCCUACAACAACAUCCCCCGGGCCAGGAUGCGGACGCUCAAGAUGUCCAUCGUCAUCGUCCUGACCUUCAUCGUCUGCUGGACGCCGUACUACCUCCUGGGCCUCUGGUACUGGUUCUCCCCCGAGAUGUUGACCCGGGAGAAGGUGCCGCCAUCUCUCAGCCACAUCCUCUUCCUCUUCGGCCUCUUCAACACGUGCCUGGAUCCGCUCGUCUACGGGCUCUUCACGGUGCACUUCCGCAGGGAGAUGUGGCGCGCUUGCCGCUGCAGCCGCCGCCGGCACGAGCAGGAGGUCGCCUCCGCCCUCACCGGUUCCUUCCGCGUCUCCACCACGGCCGUGCCGGCCAGGAGAGCCGGCAACGGCCUGGGGGGAUCCGGAAAGCACGAGCUGGAGGUGAUGGCGGGCACAGCUCCGCCGGGACGGAGGUGCGAGCUGUGCCGGAGGAGGACGGUGGAGAGCUUCAUGUGA